AAAAAAGUUUUCAGGAAGUUUUUUUGAAAAGUUGUGACAGGAAGGGGUUCACGGGUUUUUUCCGUGUGAACUGUUUGACACCUGUUGCGUUGGAAAAUGGAGCACAACGCUUAUGGGGCCUCGCUGGCUGGCGGUUCCUUUGAUUUAGAGAGCUUCGUCAAAAAGCCUCAAACUAUUUUGCGCUUCCUGAGCUGGUUAUUUUCUAUCGUGGUCUUCGCCACCAUCACGGCAGAGGGUUACAGUAAUCCCUCGACAACGGGGGACGCCAAGUGCAUGUUCAACGACAACGACAGCGCUUGCAGCUACGCAGUGGGAACCGGAGUCAUUUCCUUCCUGGCUUGUUGCGUAUUUCUUAUACUUGAUGCUUACUUUCCAAAACUCAGCAACGCCAAUGAGAGAAAAUACAUCGUAAUGGCAGAUUUGGGCUUUUCAGGGGUGUGGACUAUCCUGUGGUUUAUCUGCUUCUGUUAUCUGGCAAACCAAUGGGCCAACACCAUAGCGGUCGUUGUGGCGCCGGAUGCUGCUCGGGCGGCCAUCGCCUUCUCCUUCUUCUCAACCGUCACCUGGGGUCUGCUGCUCUUCUUUGCAUUUGGAAGGUAUCGCCAAGGAGUGGACGACUUUUCCCAGGACUACAGGGAUCCGGCCGGCGACCACACCACCCCGUACCCUCCUGCUCAGUUUGGGAGCGGCCCCACGGGCUACCAGCAGUCGCCCUUUUCCCAGGGCCAGACUCAACCAGGAGAGUACCAGCCCCCACCUUAUUAAUGGACUCAGAAGCAUCACUCCAACAUGGGGGUUUCCUUUUUUGAUAAAGAAGUGUGUCAAUGGUUUAUUUCACAUUUCUGAGCUUUUUGGGUUUUUUUUUUUGGACACUCCCAGUUUGUGCCUUUGCUAAUUUUUGGAGCACUGUUUUCUAAUGUACUACAUCACAUUUUGAUGCAUCCUUACUGUUUUUUUUUUGGUUUGAAACAAAAGUUCAAGUUUAGGAAGCAGUUUUUAGGAUUCUUGGUAGAGGAAAAAAUACAAAAAUAGGAUUACAAAUGUACCAAAAUACUUGUUGCAGAUGUUGAAAAAUGGUGAUUUAAAAAUAUUACAAUUUAUUCUUCUUCGGGAAAUUUAUUUUGUAAUGAAAAUACAUGACAUGUAAUUUUUUUUAAAGAAUGUUACUAUUCAAUGUUCAUUGUGUUGAUAUCCAGCACUUCCUCAGCCAACUGUAAAGAUAACACAAGUGAAUGAUUUAAUGGCAAACAUUUAUGAAAUCGAUGUGUUAAUCUACUGAAGAUGCCAUAUGUGUAUUUUUUUAUUAUUAUUAAUCAACCACUUGGAGGAGUAUUUUGAGCACUGAGAAGCAUUUAAUUUCACCUUGAAAUUUUCAUCUUCUGACUCUAUCCUUUUAUAUUCUUCAGUAUUUUGAUUUAGAUGUGACAUUUUUUCAUCUAGUGAGGUUUGAGAGGCUUUUAUUUUUAUUUUUUAUUUUGCAAAUGCAUAAUUCAAAAUACUUUGUGGUAGUAAGUUCUUGAUCUAUUUAUUACCCUGGACUGUCCUGUUAAAACAGGUGCAUGACAAUCAAAUAUCUUCUGCUUUUCUUUUUCCUUCUCAGUGUCAAACACCAGCUUUUACCACACAGUUCAUUUUUUACAGUGUGUCCUGUGUUUGCCAAAUAAAACAACUCUGACUUUAA